AAGAAACGAAGGAUUUGGCGAUUUGUUUGGGGUCUCGAAAGCUUCUUCGAAGCCCCUCUUUUCUCAUCUCGUCUGGCGCGGCGCUCAAUUCGACAGCAAACCCUACCUUUCCGGACCGAGAAGCACUUCGAUUCCGCAUCCCCCGCUUGCAUUCCUCACCUUUCGCCUCGUCUCCUCCCCGGCCGCCGCCGUAGCUGAUCAGAAUCGGAGGUGGGGAAGGAGGGGGGCGUUCGGUGGGGCCCGUGAAUUCCAAGGGGAGGCGCGGCAGAUACCCAUUUGUGUGCUUGCCUCAAUGGUCUGUCGGAAUCCAUGGAUUCCGAGGAACCUACGGCAUCGGCCUUCUCGUGCGGAGGCGGAGGAGGAGGCGAGGACACCGUGGGUGGAACAUUCGCCUGCUCUUGCCUCUACUGCGGUCAUGCUUCCGUUCGCUCCGCCUCCUGGCGCCGGUCUGUGAGGCGGAAGCUGGACAGCAGGGCAGCUGGGGCCCGCUCGAUCUCGCGCGUCACGGAGGAGAUUGGCGCCGUGGCCCGCGUCGCACGCGUGGAGAUCGAGAACGAAGCGGCCGCCCUCCGCGAGACCCUCGUCAGCCACCAGCAGUCGAUCCAGAAGCUCCAAGCGGAGCUGGAGGAGGAGCGGAGUGCCGCGGCCUCCGCUGCCACGGAGACCAUGUCGAUGAUCCUCCGGCUCCAGCACGAGAAGGCCGAGGCCCAGAUGGAGGUUCGCCAGUUCAAGCGCUUCGCGGAGGAGAAGAUGACCCACGACCAGCAGGAAAUCGCCGUCCUCGAGGACCUCCUCUUCAAGCGCGAUCAGGCCGUGCAAGCCCUCUCCUUCGAGGUCCAGGCAUAUCGUCACCGUCUCCUCAGCUACGGCAUUGACAUCCACGGCGAUGCACCCCCUUCCGAGCCGCAGACCCCUGAUACCGCCACGACCGCCUGUGCCGUUCCCCAUUUCGAUCUCCUACCUGACGACUAUCCCCCAUUGAGGUGCCGUGGUGAUGCUGGUGUUGAACUCGAUAACUAUCCUUCCGGGGAGACCCCACGCGAGCACCUGCAGAAGCUUGAGCAGCGCAUCUUUCAGCUUGAGCGGAUGCCAAGCAGCAGCUUUUCCAAUGUCAUGGAUAAGGGAGUCGUGGUAGGGCAGUCACCACGCAGUGGUUCAAGGGAUCUCAGGAGUUUCUCCUAUGGCAGCUGCUGUUCAGGUCUGAAUUUCAAUAACGGGGAGGAGUUUCCAGCGGUGAUGGAUGGUGCAUCGGAUUAUGGUGGAAGGGAUGAUAUGUGUGACAGAAUAUACACUGUGGAUGCGGUGCAUGGGGCAAGCGAGGAUUAUGUUAGCACCCCAAGGGAGCUUCAGAACAGAAGAAAUUUGGGGGGUGAGGCUAGGGAAACAGAGAUAAGGAAGCUUCAUACAAGGCUACAAGCACUUGAGGCUGAUAGGGAGUCAAUGAGGCAGACAUUAAUUUCUGUGGGUACCGAUAAGGCUCAGAUGGUGCUGUUGAAAGAGAUUGCUCAACAAAUGCAGAAGGAAGCGACACAAGAGAGGAGCUUCAUCAAGAAACCAUCUCCUCCCAAGAGGAUUUCAAUCAUGUCGAUGAUCAAGAGUGUCGUCUCAUUUGUUUUCUGGAGAAAGAAACCAUCUCGGGUCAACAGGUAUACUUUUGGGUUGUCGGCAAGCAAUGUUGGCUUGUUGUUGCUUCUGGACAAGUCGCCCCGUGUGAGGCACCGGAGGUUUCUCACAAGAACAUAGGAGUCACAUCAUCUAAUUCUGACGCCAAGCAGUUUUUCUAGAGCAUAAUGAGCUAAAUGUGUGAUUCCCAUAUGGAUUUGGAUCUUGGGUUUCUAUUCCCAAAUCUAUUCUUUCAUCUACUUUAAUGUAAUAUUGGCUUAAAAUCUCAUUUUAUUCUUUGUUGUUUUUCUGCACGUCUUCAGAUUGUUUGCAGUUUUACUGGGUUAGUUGUGUCUUUGAUUUAGUAUCUGUUGAGAUUGAUCUUGUGAUGUAUUUGUUUUGUUGUGUGAAUAUACUGAAUUGUAUA